AUGCCCAAGUUGGACGACUGUCUGGAAGAAGCACAGUUAAAUGGUCGAUUUAGAGUCGAUGCAGAGCGUACGGAUAAUGGACAGCGACUUCUUCAGUUGUGUGCAGAUCAUCGUCUGUUCCUGACCAUACAACUGCUGGAAGAACCAAGCUGGUCCGAACGAAACAUUAAUACCAACCCACCAUCAUCAACCGAAAUCCAGCGUGAGAUUUCAAUCCUGAAGCACGGCAAGGCAUCUGGCCCGGAUGGUCUACAUCCCGCGCUUUUCAAAGAAGGUCGGGAGGCCCUUGUGAACAGUCUGACAACUAAACUGCAGAAGAUUUGGAAUGAAAAACGAAUACCAGUCGAAUGGAGUUCCUCGACCGUCAUCCAAGUUUUCAAAAAGGGAAUCCUCAAACACGUCCACAAAAGAUCAAGUGUGCCGUACUACACGGUACAUUUUCAGGGUUGGAAAGGUAAAUGGGAUCGUGAAGUUCCAGAAAACCUGUUAUUGGAGAACACGGAGUUCAAUAGGAUGCUGAAAAAGAAAAUUGAUGAGAUCGUGCGCAAUGUUCGUUGUCGCGUUAAGCGCAAGCAACGGAUAGACCAAAUACUCGAAAUUGCCGCCGUCAGUGCAGAUGAUAUAGAUUGGGAUAAAAUUCCCGGAAUUUGGAACAGUCGACAGAAGAAGCAGAGCCGAAAGAGUCGUUCAGGCAGUGCUGUAACUUUAUCAACUAGCGAAAAAUCAACAUCGGACAGGGGUGCUUUUCUCGGUAGCACAUGCUCUGAGGACAGUGAUGCGACCACUUUGGAUGAGGAAGACACGUUGCAGUUGCAAUACGAAACUCUGCCGGUUCAUCGGUAUUUUACUGUCCCGGUUCAGUUGCCUGUCAACUUGCGCCUGAUUCUCGAUGCACAUUUGAAUGGGAUCAUCGGCAACAAACCCCCAUGUCCUGAACGCGCUUCUCGGGUUUUGGGACCUGCCUACCUAAAAACGGAUCAAAACAGAGUGCUGUGUGCAGAUACGUGUUCCAGCCUUCGCGUUUUGUUUGACUGUAAUUUGGAGUCCUACCUGCUACCGACGGAACUAAAAGCGGGUUCGAAUAAGUUCCGACCGUUUCCUUACAAUGGUCACGCUUUCCCGAUUGGAACACACAUGCCUUCAGCAGUUCAGUCCAUGUAUCGAUAUUCGUCCCCGAGAUAUGAGCUCCUACCAGAGAUCGAGACUCAAAAGUCACCCGAACUACCAUGUUUAAACUAUCCAGCUCAUUACUUGUUGCGUGUAUUUGUUAAUAUAUCAGAUCUCUUGAACACAUUGCCUAUGACCACAUGCCGACGUGCUAUCGUCACCCGUCAUCUGGUCCUGCUACUUGACUAUCUAGAACGAACCCGGAGCUUUUGGUUCGCCAAGACCACGCCCCAUCACACGUCGCAUAUGAGCAGGUCCCCCCAAGGGGUUCCUUCAGAAGUAAUUCAGGUUUCGGCAGGUAAUCGGUCCAAGAUGCAGACGGCCACUAAAACAACAUCUGAGUCAUCCAGCUCUACCGAGCCUCAAACUGAAAUUUCGGAUCGUACGCGACGCGCCCUCAGACGAGAACAUCCUAUCGCGGUCCAGUCCAGAUCAGUUAAAAUGGAAGAACAUGCCGUCAACGAUCCUCCCGUUUCUCCAUCUACUUCGAGAAGCGCAAGGCCCACAGCUCCUUAUCCACUCCGUGAGAUAAGCUCUUCUAGUCCUCUAACAGAAUCCCGCUCUCGGGAUGUUCCCGUCCGAUCAGGCGAACCUGAUCAGGAAUUACCUCUCCUUCGACCUCGAUACAAUGGGUUCAUGCUGGGUCGCUUUAUUCCGAAGACCCGUUUCUCACAUCAAUGUGCCACGAAUUCGUCUUGUGCUGAGGUGAAUCCAGACAUUGAACCACCACUACGGAAGCACCGUGACCACACUUCAGUGUUGCGUGCCCUAUCUUCUUGUGUACAACCCAGUGAGGAUGCCCCGGACUUCCGAGUCGGUGGAGAUCCUUGGUUAGGACACACGCGUCGCCUGAAGAUGCACUUGAUGGCUCGAGCAAGAGGACGUUUGGCUGCCCGUCUAGCCAUACGUGAUUAUUUUCCCAAUGACAUUGUGGGUGUUGCGAAAGAGGUGCCCCGCAUUGAACGUCUGCUACCAAUCACAACACCAAACGAUGUGCUCAAACGUCAUUCUGAAGGCAAGUUAUCUGCUGUGGAGGCGAUGGAUCGAUUGAUUUUGCUCCUCGCACCGCAACAUGCAUGGAAACUGUACAAUGAAAUAGCUCCAGAAGAAGACUGGUCUGUGGAUAUGCUACAUCGCCUUCUUGAUCUUCUGUGCGCAACCAAUGGCGGCCCAAGCGAGAGUCAACUUUUUCCGCCCAACUCAGAUAUGUCUUCGUUACCGGACCCACAAGAGCUUUAUUUUAUGGACGAGUUUUCCUCGUUUACCACAGCGGCUGGAACUCAAAGCACCACACGGUUGAAUGCGUCAGAUGCACUGGACAGUUCGCCCAAACUGGAGGAAACUGAGUUGGAUCCGGAAACAUCUGAAAUUCCCGUAGAAUCUGUAGAAGCUAGUGUCAUUGGCUUGUGGUCUUUGCAUGGGCCUGCAGAACAGCUCUUUCAGAAGCAGCGAGAAAAACUACGAACAUCAGCGGCCUACUGUAGCAUGAUUCGUGGGGCAUCGAGGUUCAAAAGUCCCAGCCGUGCCCUUCAGCUGGCGGACGAAGCAUGGGCUCUGGAUGAAGGCGAUGCUUGCUUGGAUGCAACCACUUACAGCUCGCUGGUGCGCAGUUUAUCUCACUUGGAUGAACCAAACAUUUGGCCUUUGGCUCGUUCAAUCCUUGAUCGUUUCGUGUCUUCCGCACAAACCCCGACAGUGGAACUCUUUUCUUCCACUUUGAACGCAAUUGCUGAAAGCACACUCAGGCUCAACAAAAUCCCUCCUUCUGUGGCUCCAACGCUGGACAUUAUGAAGCAGUAUGUAGCUGUGGGUCUUGGAUUAUUAGCAGAAUUGCGUCAACUUGGGUUUGAGCCCAGUUUGGGUGUAAUGGCUAAUAUGUUGAGAAUUAUCCACUUUGCGCACCCUUCCUUCUCACAUAUCAGGGCUGGUGAAUCGACGGACUUCUAUGGUUACUGUGCUUCAGAUUUGGUUGACAGUUUUCUAAAUGAAUUGGAUUACCGAUUCAGAUACAUUAAGUCGCCUUUCCGAGAUGACAUACGUACCAGGGAUGAUUCUGCUUUCUUUCCUAUUGCAAUGCGGAUUGCGUAUUCGGAAUUUAAUCUCAACCUUGGUGAUAAAAUUAACCAGCUUCUUGUUGGUUCCGAAGAUCGUCGCUUUUUUCUAUCUACCAGCCACGAGAUGCGUGGCUAUGUUAUAUCUUAUUCUUUGCUUGUGAUGAGUCACAUUCAAGGUGAUAGAGAAGAUCCCUGUCAAGUAUGCGAACGGAUAGACCUCCUUUAUCGCACUCAUCGGCAAGUUAUUUUAUCUACCGGCAGGCUUCUAACCCGAAUGGUUACGCUUCUCUGUGAAUUGUUGUCCAGUUUAUCCCCACAAGAUGGUUUGAAGGCUACUCUUCUACCUGACGACGGUGAGAAUCGGAGAAAAAUGGAAGGAAGGAAUCUGGCAUAUAUCUGUUUGUCCCGUUUGUUCAUGGAUAUGGUCGAACAGCUUCCGUUAACGGAAGAUUUUCGCACCAAGAAAUCCACACCAACAUUGUUGAAGUCACUCAUUAACCAUUCAUCAACCAACCCUAAUCUUGCUGUAUCGGUAGCCGCUCAUGUGGUUGAACGACUCAAACUAUCGGCAGCAAAGGCAGCCUCUGAUGCGUCGAAAUACGCGCAGCCCGAAAAACGUCAGACCUACAACGAUCCUUUGUUCAUAGAGGAUAUGAUCAAUUUGGUUCUUCCAGCUGCCACUCAACUUAUUCGCUCUGGCAGUUCACUCGGGCACACGAGCAAGCCUCAGCAACUGGCCACAAGGCGCACCCUAGCAACACUGCAUGAGUGGUUCGUAUAUGCGAUUGAACACAAAGCCGUUUCGUGGAAAUGGGUUAUUCCGCUGGUUGAGGUUUUAUUUGAACAGGACUUUGAUGUGAAUGAGGAUGAUUUGUGGGCGCUGUUGGGUCAGUUGUCACUUAUUCCCCUCGUGCCCGAUAACAGGGAAGAAGCCAAAUGUGCAUUGAAAACAAUGGCACCUGUGUUGGCCAUUCUGGAAAAGUCGGCUCCUCCGAAAACCCUCAGCAUGCCAGUCAUCGUACAACAACGUCAAAAUAUUUUGACAGCCAUUCGUCGCGUGCUUAGAGAAGCCUAUGAAAAUGCACCAGAAGCUGCGGCUCACAGUGAAGGUGACUUUUCCGUUCACAAAGACUCACCACCACACCUCAGAGCCGGCGCUAGCUAAUAAAAUGCUUUGUGUCCUUUAGCGCCACUGUACACAAUUACAGAAUAUG